AUGAGCAAACAGCCUCAUUAUCAUGGGUGUCAGGCUACCUUGUACGAAUGGGCCGAGAGCUAUGACACAAAAGAUUGGGAUCGUCUCUCCAGGUGUAUUGCACCUACUCUCCACAUAGACUAUAGUGCAUUUCUCAACAAGGUCUGGGAAAGUAUGCCGGCGCAAGAGUUUCUCGGUAUGGCAUCCAACGAGAGGGUUCUUGGCAACCAACGCCUGAAGACUCAACACUUUGUCGGUGCUACAAAGUGGGUUCAGAAUAGCGAAGAUGAAAUUACAGGAUAUCACCAAAUGAGGGUGGCGCAUCAGAAAUACGCAGACGAUGAUUUGAAGGAGGUUGCAGUUAAAGGCCAUGCACAUGGCAAGGCCACUAUAUGGUAUCGCAAAGUUGAUGGAGACUGGCGGUUUGCUGGGAUCCAACCAGACAUCCAUUGGUCAGAAUACGACCAUGAGAAAAUCUGGGAGUAA